CAAAGUUUAGGUACAGAGUUGGCAGACCGCGGAAACGGAGGAUUGGCGAAAAAAAAUAAUAAUAAAAAUAAAAAGGUUUUUACACUUUAAAUACGAAGUGGCCAAAAAUCGUAAUAUAACUUUGUUCGACGAUGACGUGUCGCCACCGGUUUUAGUCAGUUUACUCCGCCAUGGGAGCUUCCGCUGCCCGUGCAUCACCGUUGAUGAUGGCGCCUCUGCUAAAUGUCACCGUCACCGCCGCCGCCGCCGCUUUCUUCCUGGUCGCAACGGCAGCGCUCAUCGCUUUAGCUACGGCCGAAUCUCCGCCGAAUCUCUUCAUCGACAAUCAAAGCGAGGGCAGACAGCAGUUUCAAAAGCUGUAUGAUUGUCCACAGUGCAAUGGCAAUCCGGCAGAUGCUCAAGUUGAAUUCAGUUACUUGCCGCGUCAGGAUAAGGAUGUUAACAUAAUUGUCACCUAUAGUGACCCUUCAUCUGGUGCUAUUCGAACUCGGACUGUCAAGUCUAAGGACCUUUCGGCUUCUUGGGUAUGGAAAGAUCCUGAAGAUGUUCAUCGUGAUCGAACAUUAAGUUUGCAGGUUCCUGGGAACCUGUUCAAACAAGAAGUCAGGUUAAGUGAGAGUGACGAACUCUCCAUUGUUCCUUCAAAUCCACUUGUGUCCCCUCCAAUGCAUCCUGCAAAACUCCAGCGACGGAUGCUACGUAAAGAAAGGAGAGAACAAAGGGCUGCAGAACUAAUCCACCAAAACAAAGAGGUGGAAAACCUAAUGCAGGAAGCUGCCAUUGAACAAGCAAGAGAACUCGACACAACUACCAAGGGUAGAUAUAGCAUAUGGAGGAAAGAGUAUGAAAAUCCCAACUCUGACUCUACUGUGAAACUUAUGCAUGAUCAGAUCAUAAUGGCAAGAGCUUAUGCAACCAUUGCAAAAGCUAGGAAUGAGACUUUUCUAUAUGAUGCUCUUGUCAAACGUGCAAGAGAAAAUCAACUAGUUAUAGGAGAAGCAACAUCUGAUGCUGAACUUCAGCCUAGUGCACUUGAGAGUGCAAAACAGAUGGGUCAUAUUUUGGCUACUGCAAAGGACAAAUUCUAUGAUUGUAUUGCGAUAGCUCGGAAAUUGAGGGCAAUGCUUCAGUCAACUGAAGAGAGUUUGAGUGCUCAGAAGAAGAAAAGUGCAUUUUUAAUACAGCUAGCAGCCAAAACAGUCCCAAAACCCCUCCACUGCAUUCCACUACUUCUUACAACAGACUAUUUCUUUCAUAAUUAUGAAGGGAAAGAGUUCCCGAACAAAGAGAAGCUUGAGGAUCCUUCUUUAUACCAUUAUGCAAUCUUUUCAGACAAUGUAGUUGCAACUUCCGUGGUUGUAAGAUCAACAGUGGUGCACGCAAAGGAACCAGAAAAGCACGUUUUUCAUAUUGUAACUGAUAAAUUGAACUUUGCUGCAAUGAGAAUGUGGUUUCUGGUCAAUCCUCCUGCUGGCGCUACAGUCCAGGUUGAGAAUGUAGACGAUUUUACGUGGCUCAACUCGUCAUAUUGCCCUGUUUUACGUCAGCUGGAAUCUUCCCGGAUGAUAGAGUAUUACUUCAAAGCGCAUCAAGCUUCUUCUCUUACGGCUGGUGCUGACAACCUUAAAUAUAGGAACCCGAAAUACCUAUCCAUGUUGAAUCACCUUCGGUUUUACCUUCCCGAGGUUUACCCAAAGCUGGAUAAGAUACUGUUUCUAGAUGACGAUAUUGUGGUUCAGAAGGAUCUGACCCCACUUUGGUCUGUUGAUUUGCUUGGCCGGGUGAAUGGUGCAGUGGAAACUUGCAAGGAGAGCUUUCAUAGAUUUGACAAAUACUUGAACUUCUCCAACCCGAUGAUAUCUGAGAAUUUUGAUCCAAAUGCUUGUGGCUGGGCAUAUGGGAUGAAUAUCUUUGAUUUGAAGGAAUGGAAGAAGCGCAACAUCACUGGAAUAUAUCACUACUGGCAAGAUCGGGUAUGACUUCUCUUCUGCACACAUAAAUUAAGAUUUAGAAAAAAAUUGAAAAGAUUAGAGUAGCAUUAUACAAUCUAUAAUUAGCUGCUUUUAGAUCUAACAUGUUAGCAGGUUUCUGGGAUUAAACUCAUUGUUUAGGGUAGGAACUUGCUUACUGUCCUAAUGCGAUCAUCUGUUUUUGGUUUGUAUUUAUUUUCAGAAUGAAGAUCGAACUCUUUGGAAACUGGGGACACUGCCACCAGGGUUGAUAACCUUUUAUAACUUAACUCAUCCCCUGGAAAAGAGUUGGCAUGUGUUGGGACUUGGUUAUGAUCCUGCCCUUAACCAAACAGAAAUUGAAAACGCAGCAGUGGUGCACUACAACGGUAACUACAAGCCAUGGUUGGAUCUUGCUAUAGCUAAAUACAAGUCUUACUGGUCGAGUUAUGUAAUGACUGAGAGUCCGUACCUCCAACUAUGUCAGUCUGGUGGGUAGCUGCUAAGAAACAUCAAAUGUCCCAUCCAAUUGAACAACACAGUUAACUUGGCUGUUGCAUUCACCUCUUGGUACUCGUAAAGAAAGUUCACCAUCUGUUUUCAUUUCGAUGGAAUUGUCAAGAACGGACGACGGAUCUGGCAAUUUUUUGGAUGAUUUAUCUGUCGACAAAGUAACUAGAUUCAGGGUACACCAGAGACAGCUGCCGGAUUUUUUUUUUUUUUUCUGAAUGUACAGUAAAAACCAUUGAUUAGCUGACUAAUAUGAUUCUUCAUAUCAUAGCAGUAGCUGUAGGGUUGGUCCCUGUUUCCAUUUCCUUGUUACUGACAGUAUUUCAUGAAAAAUUAUGAAAAUCAUUGGCCAUUGAACAUUUUUUUAGACCCUUUUUAUUUGGCACAUAAAGGGAGAUGGAUGGUUUGCUGACGUGCUGACGUGCAUCACACUCGGGGACAAAUAUGUCAACCUAAAAAAUUUCACCCUUCUAUGCUGAGUAAAUAUUCAGUGCAGGGAGCAUCUAGCCUGUACUCCCUCCAUUCCAAAAUAAGUGUCGUUUUGGUAAAAUAGAAAAAUUUCAAAAUAAGUGUCGUU